UUGCCAUUGGACACACUUUCCACACCAAAUUGCCGACCUCAAACUCUUGCAGAGACUUGCUCACUUAUAUAGAAUGAUAAUGCCAAGAGCAAGUUGCAUUUUACUUUGUGGUGAGUUGACAAUAGCAACGUCAACGAGCCUGCAACACGCAUUGUGGCAUAAAAAGUGAAACUGUCAGUAGUGGAAGUACAAGUGUUGAGCGCAGUCACCUGCAAAGAGCCUGUAGAGUUGCUCUACGGAAAUACUUUGUGUCCAAAUACAAUCAUUUGCAAACAUAAUUACUAAUUAAAGCAACUACGCUUCAAUGGUUAUCAUCAAUUUUGAACUAUAACUUAUAGAUGUGCUUAAUCGUGAAGUUUUCCCCUCAAUGCAAUUCGGAAAACCGCAUUCUGGUCAAGUGAAUAUUGCUUAGAAGUCAAUUGAUAAUUUCGAGAGACAUUAACACAUAAUAGAUGGGUGGCAAGUGGCAAGUGGUUUUCCAAUCAAGAUACGCAUGGCCGCGUACCACAUUUGUGUAAUUGCCAAUGUGAGACGUCCUAAAGAAGGUGGCAUACGUCGCAGUAAAAGUUAACAACAACAACAUUUCUAACCAGCACUCGACUAUUUAUUCGACUAGCUAGUGGCCACUUUCGGCGAAAGGCCGUAAAAUCACUCAAGUGGAUCGCCCAUAAAAAUGUCUAGAGCUGCGAAGAAUUUGGUUCACCAAAAUCUCUAAGGUUUGGCUCAGUUCAAUUCUAAACGGCGAGUGGAUUACGUGUGCGUAUGCGUGUUUGUAUUUCGAUUUUGAUUUGGGAUUCGGUGUGUGUAUUUAUCAGUGUGUCAAGUGUAAAUUGAAAAGGACUUCCGUGAAGAUGUGGUAUCAACAAAUGUUUGUAUUCGCCAUUUAUAUACUGAUUGCACAGACCAAGGCCGGCAGCGACAGUCGCUUUAAUGGAGGCACUUCCGGCCUGCUGGCAACACAGCAGCAACAUGAACAACAGCAGCUGCAGGAGUUGAACAAUGAACAGCAGCAGCAGCAUCAGCAACUCCAAGUGAAUCUCAAUGCCUGGCAGCCAUUGUCGGGCCACAACAAUUGGCUUAUCCUGCAGGCAACAGCAGCAACAUCAAUGCAACGACAACAGGAGCAGCAACAUCGACUUCCUGUCAAUUACUACGCCUACAACCAUCGCUAUAAUCCAAGGUCGACCUCCACAAAUGAUGUUGCCACUGUUGCCAACGGAAAUUACAAACAGGUGCGAGCAAAUCUAAACGAUAGUCCCAGCUACGUGCUAGCCAUAAGCCAGACGAUGCGUCGUGGUCUCGGGGUUGAGGAGGUGGCAAAUUCGAUUGAGAACAGACGACAAUUGCCUCCAACAGUUAUGAAGGAUGUCCAGGAAGUGGAUAUGCGUGGCACCCCGGAAGUGCGCGAUGGCAACAACUUUAAGGCUUUAACGAACGAUGUUGAUGUUGUUGCUGAUGGCAGUGAAAAGCCUGCGGCAUCUGUACUUGAUAUUGACAACUAUUUGGCGCCCUUUGAGCAAGCUGUGCUCAAGGUGCGAAACUUUUGCGAUACUUUGCGAAGCCUCAUCAGCGUCGAUAGCGAUGUGGAAAGUGAAAACACUGAGGACGAGGAGGAUGAGGAGAAUAAGGAAGAGCAAGAUGCUUCUAUAACUUCCAGCAAAUUGGAUGGCAGAGCGAGAGCAUCAAUUUCAGCAACAUCAAAGGAAGUUCAGGGACGCAACAGUCGUCUGGCCGCUACCUAUCAAGGUCGCAAACUUAAAAAGCUUAAAAAGAAAAUACAGAAAUUGCUGCUACCUCUGCUGUUUGCCUACAAACUGAAGUUUCUGACACUGAUACCAGUACUGAUUGGUGGUCUAACCCUCCUGGUUGGUACCACCGGCUUGGCCGGAUUCUUCUUUGCCCUGUUUACGGCAGUGAUGAGUCUGAAGACAUCAACAGGUGGUUAUGGCAGCAAAGCGAUUGUAUUAAAGAAAAUUUGAAAUCCAAACAGAUGCCGACGUUUACUUUGAGAUUUAGGAGGUAACAUGGCUUUGAUUGGCCCACUUUGGGUAAUAAACGAGUGAAUGGCGAUUGUAUUGAUAAGAAGUCGAGCCACCCAGUGAAAUUAAGUAAUAUCGACAAACAGACGACGACCAAAAUAAAAUUACUUGUCGAAGUUCAGCUACUCUUUAAUUUAUUUAUUUAUUAUUUUAUAAGGUAUUUAUUUAGUUACAAAACGAUUGUUAAGUGCAAUUAACACCCAUAAGUGUAUUUUGUAAUAUAAAGUAGAUCUCUAAAGAAGUUCAAAGAUUCGAUGGGAAGUUCUCCUUUAGAAUUAAGUAUUAAUUCAGCUUGCAUUUAUUUUUGAAAAUUCAUAUA